GCCGCCAGGACGCCGCCUCAACCGAGGCGAAGCUCCUCCCACCGCCGCCGCCGCCGACGCACGACGAAUAAGUAGCCAAACUUUAUAUCGGCAAGAUGGUGCAGUAUAAUUUCAAGAAGAUCACUGUUGUCCCUCCUGGGAAGGACUUCAUCGACAUAAUCUUGUCCCGCACUCAGAGGCAAACACCGACUGUUGUCCACAAGGGCUAUGCUAUCAACCGCAUUCGCCAGUUCUAUAUGCGCAAGGUUCGGUAUACCCAGCAGAACUUCUAUGAGAAGCUGUCCACCAUCAUAGAUGAGUUUCCUAGACUGGAUGACAUCCAUCCUUUCUAUGGCGAUCUGCUUCAUGUGCUCUAUAACAAGGAUCACUACAAACUUGCUUUGGGUCAGAUCAAUACAGCUAGAAAUAUCAUUGCAAAGAUCUCCAAGGACUAUCUGAGGCUGCUCAAGUAUGGAGAUACCCUCUACCGGUGCAAGUGCCUGAAGGUAGCCGCACUUGGUCGCAUGUGUACUGUUCUGAAGCGUAUCACUCCUAGUUUGGCAUACCUUGAGCAGAUCAGGCAGCACAUGGCCAGGCUUCCAUCAAUAGACCCAAACACCCGCACUAUAUUGAUCUGUGGCUAUCCAAAUGUUGGGAAGAGCUCUUUCAUGAACAAGGUCACAAGGGCCGAUGUGGAUGUGCAGCCUUAUGCUUUUACAACGAAGUCUCUGUUUGUUGGCCACGCAGAUUAUAAGUAUCUUCGGUACCAAGUGAUUGACACCCCAGGAAUCCUUGAUCGGCCUUUUGAGGACAGAAAUAUCAUUGAAAUGUGCAGUAUCACUGCUCUUGCACACCUGAGGGCUGCUGUGCUUUUCUUCUUGGACAUCUCUGGUUCUUGUGGGUACACUAUUGCUCAGCAAGCUGCACUCUUCCACAGUAUAAAAUCUCUGUUCAUGAAUAAGCCUCUAGUCAUUGUUUGCAACAAGACUGACUUGCAGCCCCUUGAAGGGCUUUCUGAGGAGGACAUGAAGCUGGUAAUGGAGAUGAAGUCAGAAGCUAUGAAGACUUUACCACAAUCUGGUGAUCCUAAUGAGGAGGGUGUUCUGUUAACUAUGAGUGCUUUGACAGAUGAGGGUGUGAUGGCUGUCAAAAAUGCUGCGUGUGAGCGGCUUCUUGAACAGAGGGUGGAGAUCAAGAUGAAAUCAAAGAAGAUCAAUGACUGCUUGAAUAGGUUUCAUGUUGCUAUGCCCAAGCCUCGUGACAAUAGGGAUAGGCCUACUUGCAUCCCUCAGGCUGUUGUUGAAGCUCAAGCAAUUGCUGCUGCAAAGGAAAAGAAGAAACUUGAGAGGGACCUUGAGAACGAGAAUGGAGGUGCUGGUGUCUAUUCUGCCAGUCUCAAGAAGCAUUACCUAUUGGCCAAUGAUGAAUGGAAGGAGGACAUUCUCCCUGAGAUACUGAAUGGGCAUAAUGUUGCUGAUUUCCUGGAUCCAGAUAUCCUGGAAAGGUGUGAAGAGUUGGAAAGGGAGGAGGGUCUUCGUCUUGAAGAAGAAGCUGCUCAAGAUGCUUUCAUGAUUGAUGGCCAUGAUGAACUAACUGAAGAACAGCGUGAAAUAUUGGGUAAAAUUAGGAAGAAGAAGGCAAUGCUCAUCCAAGAGCACAGGAUGAAGAAGAGCACUGCAGAGAGCCGUCCUAUUGUUCCUAGGAAGCAUGACAAAGAUAGGAAAUUCACAACCAAGAGACUGGGCAGACAACUUUCAUCCAUGGGCGUUGAUCCUACUGCAGCAGUGAACCGGAUUCGCAGCCAGUCAAGAGGCCGUAAGCGUGAUAGGUCACUGAGCAGGGCUGAUGGUGACGAUAUGGAGGUAGAUGGCCAGCACUCUGACAAGAAACUGCGAACAAGGUCUAGGUCCAGGUCCCAAUCGCGACCAAUGACUGAGGUCGUACCAGGUGAAGGGCUCAGGGACUCGGCUCAAAAGAAGAAGGCCAUCAAGAAAUCAAGGGACUCUACCAAGAACCGGAACAAGGAGGCCCGCAAAGGAGAGGGUGAUCGUAUCAUCCCCACCUUGAGACCUAAGCAUCUUUUCUCUGGGAAACGAGGAGUUGGGAAGACGAGCAGGCGAUAAGCAAAUCAAUGCGAUAAUACUGCUUGCCAACACUGUAUCAGGGACACCUGGGGUCACUGCUAUUUUCCGGUUGGAGAUAUGAGGUGGCUUCGAUACCCAGCCAGCAGGAAAGAGAUACUACUAUCUGCAUUCUUUUCUGGCUUUUGCUUUAUGUUAAACAUUGUUCUCGUUUGUUAGACUUUGUUGCUGUUGAACUACAUGGUGUAUGGUUUAUUCUGGCAUUAGUGUUGAGUAGUGUCAAAUUUUGUUUGAUGGUAUGAAUGUAUCGGAACGGGCCGCUUAUAUUCCUUCUAUCGAGAUAUAUGUUUGGUACUGUGA